CAGAAGCAGCCAGUCGCUCCGAAACGACUUCCGCAAGGAACCCCAACGCCAUGACGACCCGUGGCUUCGACGUGACAGGCGAGGCCAAGAUGCCGGCGUGCGACAUGUCCACGGCCCCGGGGACGCCGGAGGAAUUCGAGGACGCGCAUAUGGAGGGCCUCACUGUGGGCGAGUUGGCGCGUCAGAUAGGCGCGCUGCCGCCCUGCGCCACGCACCUCAGCCUCCGCGAGGCGGCACAGCGACUGCUCUCCACAGGCCAGGCCGCUGGCUGUGUGGUGAACGAGUCCGGCGUGCCAGUGGGCGUCAUCACGGAGGAUGACAUUCUUCACAGCUAUGUGCAGGGAGCUCCGUGGGACACCACCGUGGGGGAGUGGGUGCGAGGAGGCGGCGGUGUUCUCUUCGACCCAUCUCCCGCAGAUGGCAGCGUAGUGUCAGAGCAGCCCCUGCACUCGGCACUUCCGGCGCUGGUGGCCCCGCGCGUGGUGCCGCGUAUGGGGCGCAUGGGCGGCCGCUCAGCGCUGCUCGUGGAGCGACGCCCCGGGUACGAGGGCGGAGUGCUGUCGGCACAGGACGUGGUGCGCGGCCUGGCGCGGCGCGCGGCUUCCGAGAGCCUGCGGACGUCGCUGGGCCUGGGGCCCACGGUGGCCGACAUCAUGGAGCCUGUCGAGCGGGCGCCGAGGCUGCGGGUGGGCUUCACCAUGCGCGAGCUUUUGCAGGAGCUGCUGGCCUCGCCCUUGCGCGCCGCCUUGGUCCUCGACUGUGACGGAACCAUCGGCGGCCUUGCAACCGUCGCGGAUGCCCUAUGGGCCUUCAACCAGCAGAUGUCUCAAACCUUGGAUGCCUGGGACAGGCUUUCCUCCAGGCCUGGCCGUGUGGACCGCCAGAACAUCGCCGCGGAUGCCGCAGUGCCAAAUGCCUGCAGCGCGUUGGAAGGCGCCCGCCACUUGCUGGCCACGGAGCGCGGGGAUGUGGUGGGCGUGGUUUCCCCGGCACACUUGGUCUCCGCACGCUGCCGAGCCAGACCUGUCCCCAGCGCCGCGCCCUACAUUGAACUGCAACGCCAGGAGAGGCCUCGAAAGGUGAAGGAAGAGGAAGGUGCGGUGAAGAGGCAAGAGGAUGUGAAGUUGGAGGAGCCCGCGCCGAAGAAGAGGGCAGUGAUGGUGAAGCCAAAAGUGGUGACCGAAGACGAGCCGCAAGCAGUGACGCUUGCCGACGUGGUGGCACGCCGGGAGACGGCCCAUUGCUCGGUCUCGGACACGCUGUCGGACGCUGUGGACCAGUUGGUGUGCACGGGGCGCACCGCAGCUGUGGUGCUGGACGGUGACCAAAUCCAAGGAGUGCUCACGGAGAACGAUGUGCUGGCUGCUUUGGUGGAAGGUACUACCUGGAACUGCAAGAUCGGUGAUUGGCUCAAGGGCAGCUUCGCGCGGCUGCCGGGGUUCCUGGUGCCUGCCCUGACGCUGCCCUCCAGCGCCAGCGUGGCCGACGCCGCCGCGGAGAUGGUGACACUCGUGGAGGAUGGCCUGGGCUUCGCCUGCCAUCACCUGCUGGUGCACGCCAAGGAGGAGGGUGAAGCUCAUGUGCGGGUGCUCUCAGCCUUGGACAUCGCUCGGGGGAUGGUGGAGACUGUGACGCAGGCGGGUGCCGCGGGCGGCAUCAGCGCCUUGUCGGCGCAAGAGGCAGCGCAGCUCACAGUGGAGCAGGCGAUGAAGGAGCGACGCUUCGUGUCAACCUGCAAGCUGGGAGAUUCGCUGCUGAAGGCCUUUGAAGAAAUGCACGCCUCCAAACAGAACUGCGUGCUGAUCCUUGACGACGGGCACGAGCUCGAUGAGGAGGAGAAGACGGAGGUCAAACAGGAAGACGAAGAACGAGAAGAAUUGACGGCCGAAGAUGAACAGUGGAACAAGGAGCAUGGCCAGGUCCUAGGCACCGUCACCUCCUCGGACGCCCUGCGGGCCUUCUCGGAGCAUCUCAGAGGCAACACCAGCAGCGUGCGCGGCUGGCUGCGGGGCCUGAAUGAGCAGGAGCACCACAGCCCGGCGGCGCGGUCGGUGCGCUGCAACGCCACGCUGGCAGAAGCGGCGCUGGAGAUGUGCCAAGGGGAGCUGCACCACCUGCUGGUGAUGGAUGGGGACGGAGAGGUCGCAGGUGUGUUGUCAGCUCUGGACAUCGUGUGCGCUCUGGGGGCUUCCUACAGAUUCGACCUGGCCUCGCCCCGUUUUGUAUAGUUGGGUUUCGUGUGCUACACUAGGAAGCUGCAUUAGUUGGUCCCAAAUGGCAAG